AUGGUCCGCCCCGUUGACGACAACGACAAGGUGAACCUCGAGUUUCCAUUUGCCUGCGCCGGCGAGCGGCCGAUUAAGGGCUUUCACAUGCGCCUUAUCGAAGAGAGUGAAAAGAAGGACUUUUACCCGUGCGACGUCCAAGACGGCAAGGGUUUGAAGUUGGGCCCCGCACAAUGCGGGCCGCCGAAGCUCGAGGAGGACUUGACCUGGGAGGAGAUCAAGGCGCUGGUCGACGCGUCUCCCGUGCUGACGGAUCUGCUCGCGGCCACUCCCCCCGAACCCGCUAGCAAGUGUGUGCCGCCGCCCGUUGCCACCUCGAAGCCGGGGACCGACGUCGACGCGAACAAGCCGGCCAACGACGGCUCGGACGGGCUGGAGGAAGACGGUGACUCAGAUGAGCCGGAGAAGGACGUUGACUCGGAAGAGCCGACCGAUGGCGACUCGGAGGAGCCGGUUAAUCCGAGCUUCGUCUUUCCGGGGCCAACCAACGGAGAGUAA